GUCACAGCCACCGCCACCACCACAGUCAUGGCUGCUCCUCUCAUUCUCUUGUCACUUACCCACCUCUUGUUCCUCCUCCCGUCAACUCUUUCUCAAACACCAUCUGCUCCUGCUCCAGGCCCCGCCGGACCAAUUAAUCUCACGGCAAUCCUCGUCCAAGGAGGUCAAUACUCCGCCUUCCUCCGCCUCCUCAACCAAACCCAGGUCCUCACCCAACUCCCUAACCAGCUCAACAACUCCAACCAGGGCAUGACCCUUCUCGCACCCACUGAUAACGCCUUCCAAAACCUCCCUUCCGGUACCUUGAACGGCCUCAGUGAGGACAAGAAAGUGAAGCUUGUACUGUACCAUGUCCUCCCAAAGUAUUACAGCUUAGAAGAUCUUGACAGCGUCAGUAACCCUGUUCCGACACAGGCUGGUGGAAGCAAGGGGAGUUUGGGUUUGAACUUUAGUGGUAGGGCUAAUUCAAACCAAGUCAAUGUGUCCUCCGGAGUUGUUGAUACUCAGAUUACUAAUGCAUUGAGACAGCAAUUUCCGUUUGCUGUUUACUCUGUUGACAAGGUUUUGUUGCCAUCGGAGUUCAGUGAAGCUCCGGCGCCUGAGAGUGAGAGUGGCCCUUCUUCUUCACCACCGGUGGCCGGGAAGCCUGCUAAAGCGCCGAGUGGUGCGGAAGAUGGAGAUGGAACAUCUCCGGCGAAGAAUGGAGGAGGAAGGACUGUGGAUAUGGGGGUUGGUUUGGUCGGAGGUGUUGUGCUGUUUUGCAUGGCGUUUUUAUAAAGCUGAGGCAUUAAUUUGUUAUAUAUCCACAUUCUUGUUAUUUCCUUGUUCUUUUUGCAUAUGUUGCUCCA